GGCUGCCUGCUUUCCUCGUCCGGCGGGCCCAGCAAGCCUGGCCUGGUGGCGGCGCCCUCCGCAGCGGGCUCGGCGUGCAGCGGCGGCCCCUUGGCGCGCGCGGCCUAUAAAGGGGCCUGGGCGGGCGGCGGCGCCUCCUCUUUGCCGGCAGCCUCGGAGGAGGACAGAAGGGAGGGAGGGGCAGGAGGACACCGCCCUCCAAAGGAGGAAAAAAGGAAAAAAAAACCCUUAAAAACAGCAAAAAGGAAAAAAGAAAAAAACUCGAACCAGGAAUGUGAGCUGCAGGAGGAGGAGGAGGAGGAGACUAGGGGGGCGGCUCGCCCACUGUCCGGACCAGACAAGACGCGCCCCGGGGCCUGGCCUCGCCCGCCCGGCAAGCGCCCCCCACCCCAAUCCCAGGUCUGACAAUCUGCUUGCGCCCCCCCCCCCGCCGCCCUUCUUGCCAGUCCGCGCCUCCCCCUCCCAGGGGGCUCCUCACUAGCCCGCCUCGGCCCUUGAGACCCCCCCUCAGCUCGCCUUGCCUCUUUCUCCCCCCCUUUCUUGCAGGGGCUCCCUUCAGCCCCCCCCCCGCAACAUCCCCCUAUUGAUUUGAUUUCUUGCCCUCCCUCCCCGCGUUUCUAGGAUUCACCCCCCGCCCCCCAAAUCAGGCUCUGCUGCUUCCCCCGCCCCUCCCCCCUUGUGAGCGUUGCCCCCCCCCUGCCCGCGUCCCGUCCCCACGUGCAUAGCCUCCCGCCCCGCCCGGACUCCCUUUCCCCCUUAGCUGCCACGCCGGACUCCAUUUCUCCGCCCUUGGCUUCGCCCUGGUCGGUGUUUGGGUGUCUUUCGGCGGCUCUUUUUGAAUUGCCCUUUUUAACCACCAAAAACUUGAUACUUUUUUGCCCCGGCCUUAACCACCAAAUGACUACGAAUGUCGCAUAUGUAACCUUAUGGGGGCAAAUCAACCCAGAGAUAGAUGUUUAAAAAAUAAUACAGUUUAUUUUUUCAGAGUUAUUUUUUUAAGUCUGGGAGAGAGUGAAACAAGUUAACUGAUCCUCAAGCAUUAGGUUGCUACUGAAAAUAAGUGCCCCCAUUGGAUGUUUUGCCAGGGGAACCUGCAGAAGAGAUGUCCAAUUCCACGUGUAAAAAAAUAAAUUCUCACAUUUUGUGUUUGAAGCCUGUUUAACAGCUUUUCUUAACAUAUUGGGUGCCUUCACUUUUGUCUGCAUCAGAAAUAUUUUUUGCACAGGUCUUCCACCUGCGCAGUUCAGUCUCAGCAGUCUUACUCCUCAAAUACUAGUUCUCUGUUUGAAGUUUGCACCACAGUUUUCUGUUAGCCGCUUCCCCCCCCCGCCCGACCACUUAUUCUCUAUUCAAAGGGUAUCUGCAACAGUUAAUUCAGUCUUCUAGCUCCUCCUCCAUAAACUUCCUCUAAAAAUUAGUGGGUUUAAAGAAAAAGUAUUUUAAAAAACGUUUUAAAGAUAGCAGUAGAACCUUUGUGGAGUGAAAGAUGAAUACAGCUGCUAGUAGCUACCCAAUGGCAUCUCUGUAUGUGGGUGACCUGCACCCUGAUGUCACAGAGGCCAUGCUCUACGAGAAGUUCAGCCCAGCGGGUCCUGUGCUUUCCAUCCGUGUCUGCAGAGAUAUGAUCACCCGGCGCUCCCUGGGAUAUGCUUACGUGAACUUCCAGCAGCCAGCAGAUGCUGAGCGCGCCCUGGACACCAUGAACUUUGAUGUGAUCAAGGGCAAACCCAUCCGCAUCAUGUGGUCUCAGCGGGACCCUUCUCUGAGGAAAUCCGGAGUGGGGAAUGUCUUCAUUAAGAACCUGGACAAAUCCAUAGACAACAAGGCACUUUAUGACACAUUCUCAGCUUUUGGGAAUAUCCUUUCCUGCAAGGUGGUGUGUGAUGAGAACGGCUCGAAGGGCUAUGCAUUUGUGCACUUUGAGACACAGGAUGCUGCCGACCGGGCGAUUGAGAAGAUGAACGGCAUGCUGCUGAACGACCGCAAAGUAUUUGUUGGUAGAUUCAAAUCUCGUAAAGAGCGUGAGGCAGAAUUGGGAGCCAAAGCAAAGGAGUUCACCAAUGUCUACAUUAAAAACUUUGGGGAUGAUAUGGAUGAUGAGCGGCUGAAGGAACUCUUCAGCAAGUACGGUAAGACUCUCAGCGUUAAAGUCAUGACGGACCCCACUGGGAAGUCCAAAGGCUUUGGGUUUGUGAGCUUUGAAAAGCACGAAGAAGCCAACAAGGCAGUGGAAGAAAUGAAUGGGAAAGAUAUCAAUGGAAAAAUGGUAUUUGUAGGUCGUGCACAGAAAAAAGUGGAACGCCAGGCGGAGCUAAAACGAAAGUUUGAGCAACUAAAACAGGAGAGAAUCAGCCGGUAUCAGGGAGUUAAUUUAUAUAUUAAGAACCUUGAUGAUACAAUUGAUGAUGAGAAGCUGAGGAAGGAGUUCUCUCCUUUUGGGUCUAUCACAAGUGCCAAGGUCAUGCUGGAAGACGGGCGGAGCAAAGGCUUUGGCUUUGUCUGCUUUUCCUCCCCGGAGGAAGCCACCAAAGCUGUGACGGAAAUGAACGGGCGCAUCGUGGGCUCCAAGCCGCUGUACGUCGCCUUGGCACAGAGGAAGGAGGAGCGCAAGGCCCACCUCACCAACCAAUACAUGCAGCGCAUCGCUGGGAUGAGAGCUCUGCCUGCCAACGCCAUCAUCAAUCAGUUCCAGCCAGCUGCGGGAGGGUAUUUUGUGCCGGCUGUGCCUCAGGCACAGAGCAGACCCACGUACUAUGCACCUAAUCAGAUGACUCAGAUGAGACCCAACCCACGCUGGCAGCAAGGAGGCAGACCUCAAGGCUUUCAAGGGAUGCCCAAUGCCAUGCGCCAGUCGGGAGCUCGACCAACACUGCGCCAUCUGACUCCAGCGGGUAAUGCUCAGGCUUCACGUGGCCUGCCUACCGCCACCCAAAGGGUUGGGGUUGCUGCCACAGCUCCAAACUUAACACCUCGACCACCUAUAGCAACUCAAGCUCCCAGGGCAGUUCCUCCAUACAAAUAUGCCUCGAGUGUCCGCAGCCCACACCCAGCUGUACAACCUUUGCAGGCGCCUCAGCCGGCUGUUCAUGUGCAAGGGCAGGAGCCCUUAACUGCUUCCAUGCUUGCUGCUGCUCCUCCCCAGGAGCAAAAACAGAUGCUGGGAGAACGCUUGUUCCCACUGAUCCAAGCUAUGCACCUCAGCCUUGCAGGCAAGAUCACAGGAAUGCUGCUAGAAAUCGACAACUCUGAGUUACUGCACAUGCUGGAGUCUCCGGAAUCCCUCCGCUCAAAGGUGGAGGAGGCUGUAGCAGUGCUGCAGGCUCACCAAGCCAAGAAAGAAGCUGCCCAGAAAGUGGGCAUAGUUGCUGCUACCUCUUAAACCAGGAGGGACUGGUUGGAAAAGAAGCUAAAUGGGCCCUCCUGAAGAAAGGCUGUGCUAACAGUUUGGUGAAUAACUUUGUCCUGCACAUUUCAACACAAUGCAACUUAUAUAUCAUUAAAACACUACAGUGUGAAUCUUUUAAAUGCCUUAUUUGCAACAACAAAAUAACUGUCCAACAGCUUUUGGUUUUUAAGAUUUGCAUAUGCAAGAUUUCCUUUUCAUCGCCAGGACAGUUAUGUCUUCCAUAAGCCUGAGGAUAUUUUCUGACUGAACAUUUUCAUUUGUGAUUCUUGGUUUUAAUUGAACCAUUUGCAAAGUCUGAAAAGUGUUUCUCAAUAAAGGAUCUAAAGUA